UAUAAAGUUUAAUUUUCAUGUGGAUCGAUACGAAUUAAGUUAAUUAAUUGGGAAAUGAGAGUGGAGAGACCAUGAAGAAGGUAACAAGGAAGGUCGGGAAGUAUGAGGUUGGCAGAACUAUUGGAGAAGGGACAUUUGCCAAGGUUAAGUUUGCCAGAAAUACAGUGACGGGUGAGAGUGCGGCCUUGAAAAUUUUGGCCAAAAGCACCAUUCUCAAGCACAGAAUGGUAGAACAGAUUAAAAGAGAAAUAUCCAUAAUGAAGAUCGUCAGGCAUCCUAAUAUAGUCAGGUUGCAUGAGGUUUUGUCUAGCCAAACAAAGAUAUACAUAAUUCUCGAGUUUGUAGCUGGAGGAGAAUUAUUUGACAAAAUUGUUCACCAUGGAAAGAUUCCUGAACAUGAAUCUAGGCGAUACUUUCAACAACUUAUUGAUGCAGUUGCUCAUUGUCAUAGUAAGGGUGUGUACCACAGAGACUUGAAGCCUGAAAAUCUGCUUCUUGAUUCUUAUGGAAAUUUGAAGGUUUCUGACUUUGGUUUAAGUGCAUUGACCCAGCAGGGGGUUGGUCUUCUUCACACAACAUGUGGAACCCCAAAUUAUGUUGCACCGGAGGUUCUUGGCGACCACGGAUACGAUGGUGCAGCUGCUGAUGUGUGGUCAUGUGGUGUCAUCCUUUAUGUCAUAAUGGCCGGAUAUCGCCCAUUUGAUGAGUCAGAUCUUCCUUCUCUGUACAAAAAGAUAAAUGCGGCCGAAUUUUCAUGUCCUUCAUGGUUCUCUCCUGGGGCAAAGUCAUUGAUACAUAAGAUACUUGAUCCCAAUCCAAAAUCCCGAAUAUGUAUUGAAGGUAUCAGAAAAGAUCCAUGGUUCCGGAAGAAUUAUGCACCUGUUGAGCUUAGGGAAGAUGAGGAAGUCAAUUUGGACGAUGUUUGUGCAGUUUUUGAAGAUAUUGAGGACCAAUAUGUAGCGGGGCGGUCAGAGAGUAAUGAGGGUGGUCCUUUGAUAAUGAAUGCUUUUGAAAUGAUUACCUUAUCUCAAGGGUUAAAUCUAUCUGCACUAUUUGACAGACAGCAGGAUUAUGUAAAAAGGCAAACUCGUUUUGUUUCUCGGAAACCAGCAAAAGCUAUAAUUUCAAAUGUUGAAGCUGUUGCAGAAUCAAUGAAUCUCAAAGUCCAUACACGUGGUUACAAGACAAGACUUGAAGGUAUAUCUGCAAACAGGACUGGACAAUUUGCAGUUGUUUUGGAGGUCUUCGAAGUUGCACCAUCCCUUUUCAUGGUAGAUGUUCGAAAAGCUGCUGGGGAUACUCUUGAAUAUCACAAGUUUUACAAGAGCUUCUGCACGAAACUAGAAAAUAUCAUCUGGAAACCAACAGAGGGUAUGGCAAAUUCAAGCCUGCUUAGAACCAUGACUUGCUGAUCCUUGUCUUCGGACAGCACGCAAAUAGAUAAGCAGAUCGAGAAAAGGAGUCCAAUCCCCUUGGACAAUAAGUUAUUCCACAUGAAGGUGCUGAAAAAAUAAAAAAUGUACUCACGUAGUAUACAUAUAUUGAAAUGUUUUUUGAUUAUAGCACAACAAAUCUCAAGAGUAUUAUUACUGUAAAAGAUGGGAGUUAUAUAAAGAAUGAUGUAGUUAGGUGUUUUUUAAGUUUCUCCCGUGGUGUAUCUUAUCCUCUGUACAUAGUGUGCGAGUGUGAAUAAGGCAUGGCUAGAAUGACAAUUGUGUGUUUCUCUGUCAUAAGACCUAACAAAAAGUAUUUUCCCAUUUUAAGUUUUUUCC